AUGUCGACAAGACCAGCCACACAUGCUGGCUCAUGGUAUUCAAGCUCGUUUUCCAAACUUUCCCUGCAAUUAGAUUUAUAUUUCAAACAAACUAGAGGCGCAGGCACAGUUGCUGGAGCUAGAGUUUUAAUUGGCCCACACGCUGGUUAUACGUAUGCUGGCCAAAGACUAGCAGAAACAUUUAGUAGCUGGGAUACAACCAAGGUAAAGCGGGUAUUUAUUCUUGGUCCAUCUCAUCAUGUAUAUUUUAGUGGGAAGGCAUUAGUUUCUCGAUUCCACCAUUAUGAAACCCCCCUAGGGAACUUACCAGUAGAUGUAGAGACCACUAAAGCUCUAGUGAAGAGCGGUUACUUCAAAUAUAUGGAGUCCGGGGUAGAUGAGGAUGAGCACUCAUUUGAAAUGCAUGCUCCAUUUAUAUACUAUGCCACUAAGGAUUUACCACAAGGAUUACCCCACAUUAUUCCAAUUAUGAUUUGUGGAACUGAUACCACUCUUAAUGAAAACUUGGCAAAGUCCUUACUACCUUACCUUGAAGAUGAAGAGAAUACGUUUGUAAUUAGUUCAGACUUUUGUCAUUGGGGUCUGAGAUUUGACUAUACAAAAUAUCUUCCUAUGAAAGUUAACGAUGAUAUCAUUACAAAGGACCACUUGGUUUCCCUUACGCGUUCCAGCGUAGUCCCCAGACCAAUAUACAAGUCCAUAGAAGAAUUAGAUAAGGAGGGCAUGAGGAUAGUGUCCACUGGGUCCUACAAGGAUUGGAAGCAAUACAUCGCGACAACGGGAAACACCAUAUGCGGUCAGAAACCGAUUGCAAUUGUAUUGAGAACUCUUGAGCUUUACCAACGUAGUGGCUCGGGAUCUGCCGGCUACUUUGAAUGGUUGGGAUAUUCUCAAAGUAGUAAAGCACUCUCCUACAGUGACAGUAGCGUUAGUUACGCAUCAGGAUACCUUGUUAUUACAUGA